AUGGCUACUCAAAGUAAUAUACAGCCACCAUUGGGAACUCAACAACCUCCAUCUUUGACAAGCACCACCAAUAGAACUUCACCAAAUUCGUCAACAUUAGGCUUUGCAAACCCAACGAGUCUUGCUGAAAGUGGUAGAAGAUCAUCAUUCCAAACGUCACCUGUUCAUCUUUCGUCAAAUUUGAAUAAUUUGUCAUUGGGACCAACUAAUAACUUAUCAACACAAGAACAAGAACAAUUACAGAACUCAAAUCAUCAACAACAGCAGCAUCAACAACAACAGCAACAACAGCAACAACAGAUAUACACAUUAAAGAUAAAGAAUUUACCUACUGAUAUUUCUCUGAGAGAAUCAUAUCUAAUAUUCGCAUUUGCUAAGGACUUUAUUGGAUCAGAUUUGAUAAUUGAUUCCAAUAAUCUUCCCGUUAUUUAUGCUAAAUUUACAUCAUUAUCAGCUGCAUCAACAUAUUCCCAAAUUUUAGACUCAAAUCAAAUAUUUGGUCCAACUUAUCCAUUUUAUUUAAAAUCAGAAUUGGUAAACCAUGAUUCUCAGCAAGUGAAUUUAAAUAUUGGUUCAUCAGCUAAAAGACCAAGUAUAGGAAACCAAAGAUCAAGAUUUUUGUUCAGUGAUCCUUUCCAAAAUGAAUCAAUACCUGAAUCUGUACAAGAAAAUAAUUCUACACAACAAAAUAACAAUGGGAACUCAAAUGGAUUGGGCAAAUCUUUGUUACUUCUUGAAUCUCAACAAGAUGCAAGAGAAUAUGAACAACUAGUGAGAGACCCAUGGCAACAACCUCAACAACAACCACAACACCAUCAUUCACAAGGUGGUCCAACCCAACUUCCAAUCCCACCCGCUUCAAUUCCACCACAAAGUGCACAAUUUUCGACAAACUCAAAUCCACAAACACCAAAUAUUGAAUGGGAUAGAAGAAGACAAAGCUCUGUUUUCUUUAAUAAUCAAUCUCCAUUAUUGACUGGUCAAUUAUCUUCAUCUCAAAUACCGACCCAACUGUCAUUAUCUCAACAAAAUCCAAAUCAACAAGCACAACCAAAUUUGGGUCAAUCUUCAAUUCCAAUUCCUCCAAGUUCUGCACCUGUUGGAGUUCUACAAAAUCCUCAAUUACAACAAACACAAUCAGCUUCACAAAUUCCUCAAUCACAAUCACAAAAUCCAUCACAGCCUUCAACAGCAAGCUCAAUUUCUCAACCACCAACUUUAACAAACUCUCAACAAUCAUCACAAGUUGAUUUAUCAUUAUUAGCAAGAGUUCCACCUCCGGCUAAUCCAGCUGAUCAAAAUCCCCCAUGUAAUACUCUUUAUGUUGGUAAUUUACCACCAGAUGCUACUGAAGCUGAAUUACGUCAAUUAUUUUCACCACAAAGAGGUUUCAGAAGAUUAAGUUUUAGAACCAAAACUCAACCUUUGAAUGGUAAUGGUCAGUUGAAUUCAGCAGGUUCAAGUCAUUCACAUGGUCCUAUGUGUUUUGUUGAAUUUGAGGAUGUCGCAUAUGCUACAAGGGCUUUAGCUGAAUUAUAUGGUAGAACUUUGCCAAGACCUGGUGGUGUUCCAGGCAAAGGUGGCAUUAGACUAUCAUUCUCUAAAAAUCCAUUAGGUGUUAGAGGUCCUGGUCAAAGAAGAAGUAGUAGUUUUGCUUACCAAGGAUUUAAAGGUUAA